AUGAAUAAUAUCAAGCUAACAGAUAAAUUAAUCAAUGGAAAAAAUGUAUUGGAAAUUAAUCUUAAUACCCUUCAACAAUACAUAGUUUUAGUUUAUAAUCAUUUGAAAGAUAAAGAAAAUGAACAACACACAAAUAUCACAUUAAUUGGAAAUAUUAAUCAUAUAUAUGAUUCUUACGCAGUAGAUUUUAAAUCGAUAUGUGUCGAGCUAUUAAACAAAUCACAAUCAUACACAAUCAAUAUUGAAAAAAAUCUAUUCAAAAACAACCUUGACUAUUUCGAACAAUCUCAUAUCAUUAAUAACAAACGAUAUCAUUCAAUAUCAAGAUUUACAAACAGUAAUGCUAUCAAUGAUGUAUAUUUAGUGUGUGGUACUGAUGAUCAUAGAUUGAUAAACUAUAAAGGUAAAGAUAAUCAGAAAUCUUAUGAAAGAGCUAAGAAUGAAAUCAAAUCAAUGAAAUUACUCAAAUAUAAUCGAAGAUUUGUUCAACUUGUUGACUAUCAUCAUGAUAAAGACAAUCAAAUCUUUCAUAUCAUCACUGAAUAUUGUGAUGGUGGUGAUCUUUCCCAAAAGUAUAAACAUUUAACUGAUAUAAAUCUAAUCUUUUCAGAAUCAUAUAUCAGUAAUUAUAUUUCACAACUUUUCAAUAUUCUUUUGGAUCUUGAUAAACAUGGAAUUGUUCAUUGUGACAUCAAACCAUCAAAUAUAUUCAUUCAUGAACUUGAUGAUUAUGGUACUUUGAUUCUUGGUGAUUUUGGAUGUUGUAAAUUCAUUGAUAAAUCAACAAUCAUUGAAUAUCAAGAUACAAAAGAACAUACUCUUGAAACAAAUGAUUUUAAUUCAAAAACUAUCGAUCAUGAAAUAUCGGUGUCAGCCAUUUCAAAUAUAAAUGCAACACGUGGAACAAUUGGUUAUAUUUCACCAGAAGCAAUGAAACGACAAUAUGCACAAUCAUGUGACAUCUUUUCAAUUGGAUCAACGAUUCUCAAAUUAUUAUGUUGUCAUCCAGAUGAUCGAAAUAAUCAUCAACUAUUCCAAUCAACUAAACGUGAAAUUAAGAUUUCAGAAUGCAGAUAUUCAAAACAAUUGAUUGAAUUUAUUCAUCGAUUGUUGGAUCAGAGUCCAAAGAAUAGAGAAUCAUUGAAUCAAAUAUUAAACCAAUAUAUUGAAACCAACACCAAUAAUAAGAUAAUUACAUUCAAUUUAAAUACUCCAUUUCAUAAUACCUCCGUCAAUGUCACUGAGAUCAAUUUUGGAUAUGAAUUCAAUCAAAUAUUAUCAAUCGGUGUCUUACCUGAAUCACUUGAAUCUUUGGUGUUUGGUCGUAAUUUCAAUCAAAUAUUAUCAGUUGGUGUGUUACCUGAAUCACUGAAAUCAUUGAAGUUUGGAUUUAGAUUCAAUCAAAUAUUAUCAGUUGGUGUGUUACCUGAAUCACUUAAAUCAUUGAUAUUUGGAAUUGAAUUCAAUCAAAUAUUAUCAGUUGGUGUUUUACCUGAAUCACUUGAAUCAUUGGUGUUUGGAAAUAGAUUCAAUCAAAUAUUAUCAGUUGGUGUGUUACCUGAAUCACUGAAAUCUUUGGUGUUUGGAAUUGAAUUCAAUCAAAUAUUAUCAGUCGGUGUAUUACCUGAAUCACUGUAUUCAUUGAAGUUUGGUCGUAAAUUCAAUCAAAUAUUAUCAGUAGGUGUAUUACCUGAAUCACUUGAAUCAUUGAAGUUUGGUCGUAAAUUCAAUCAAAUAUUAUCAGUUGGUGUGUUACCUGAAUCACUGAAAUCAUUGGUGUUUGGAUAUGAAUUCAAUCAAAUAUUAUCAGUUGGUGUGUUACCUGAAUCACUGUAUUCAUUGAAGUUUGGUUGGGAAUUCAAUCAAAUAUUAUCAGUUGGUGUGUUACCUGAAUCACUGUAUUCAUUGAAGUUUGGUUGGAAAUUCAAUCAAAUAUUAUCAGUUGGUGUGUUACCUGAAUCACUUGAAUCAUUGGAGUUUGGUUGUAAAUUCAAUCAAAUAUUAUCAGUUGGUGUGUUACCUGAAUCAAUUGAAUCAUUGGAGUUUGGAUAUUAUUUCAAUCAAAUAUUAUCAGUUGGUGUGUUACCUAAAUCACUUGAAUCAUUGGUGUUUGGAAAUGGAUUCAAUCAAAAGUUAUCAGUUGGUGUGUUACCUGAAUCACUGAAAUCAUUAUCAAUGACGAACUACAUCGAUAGAAAAGAUCUACCACAACAUAUUGAAAACCUAUUUAUUCGAGGACAAAGAAUAGAUAUCGACUCAUUCUAA